GGGUGCGGCUGCGGCAGCGGGGAUCGGAUCGCAGCGGCCAUGGCGGCGGCGACAGCGGCGGCCCCGGGGGGGCCCGGCCCGGUGCCGGGGGCGCCCAAGCUGGGGGUGGAGUCGGUGAAGGGGCAGGUGUUCGACGUGGGGCCGCGCUACACGGACCUGCAGUACAUCGGGGAGGGGGCGUACGGCAUGGUUUGCUCCGCCUACGACCACGUGGGGAAGAGCCGCGCGGCCAUCAAGAAGAUCAGCCCGUUCGAGCACCAGACCUACUGCCAGCGCACGCUGCGCGAGAUCAAGAUCCUGCUGCGCUUCCGCCACGAGAACAUCAUCGGCAUCAACGACAUCCUGCGCGCCGCCGCCCUGGAGCACAUGCGGGACGUGUACAUCGUGCAGGACCUGAUGGAGACCGACCUGUACAAGCUGCUGAAGACGCAGCAGCUGAGCAACGACCACAUCUGCUACUUCCUGUACCAGAUCCUGCGCGGCCUGAAGUACAUCCACUCGGCCAACGUGCUGCACCGCGACCUCAAGCCCAGCAACCUGCUCAUCAACACCACCUGCGAUCUCAAGAUCUGUGACUUUGGUCUGGCCCGGAUCGCCGACCCGGAGCAUGACCACACCGGCUUCCUGACGGAGUACGUGGCCACCCGCUGGUACCGCGCCCCCGAGAUCAUGCUCAACUCCAAGGGCUACACCAAGUCCAUCGACAUCUGGUCGGUGGGCUGCAUCCUGGCGGAGAUGCUCUCCAACCGGCCCAUCUUCCCUGGCAAGCACUACCUGGACCAGCUCAACCACAUCCUGGGGAUCCUGGGGUCCCCCUCGCAGGACGACCUGAACUGCAUCAUCAACAUGAAGGCGCGGAAUUACCUGCAGUCGCUGCCCCAGAAGGCCAAGGUGCCCUGGCCCAAGCUGUUCCCCAAGGCCGACCCCAAAGCCCUCGACCUGCUGGACAAGAUGCUGACCUUUAACCCCAACAAGCGCAUCACUGUGGAGGAGUCGCUGGCUCACCCCUACCUGGAGCAGUACUACGACCCCUCGGACGAGCCGGUGGCCGAGGAGCCCUUCACUUUCGACAUGGAGCUGGACGACCUGCCGAAGGAGAAGCUGAAGGAGCUGAUCUUCGAGGAGACGGCACGGUUCCAGCCGGGCUCCCAGGGGCCGUGAGCGCUGGUCCGUCACGCUCCAGCUUAGACCUGCCUCCCUCUGAGAAGGGUUCGACCUGGCCCUGCGCCCGGAGCGCCCCUCGGACUCUGAUUUGGGGGGCUGGGGGGCCCCGCCCGAGGGGGCCAGCCCUGCCAUCGUGCUGUAUAACUGCUUCGCAAUGUGGCUGUGACUCCUUAACCCCCCCAGGCUGUGCCUCUGGGGGGCCUGGCGGGGGACCCAGUGCCCCCCGAUUCCUGGAGGUGGAGGGGAAUCUCUCCUGCUUCCUAUCUAACGAGUUACCAGUUGUAAUGAGCCCCGGCCGUGCUGCUGGGAAUGGGGGGAGGGGGCCUCGCCGAGGCGUUCCUGUCCCCCCCCAGGUCCUGUCCCUGUCGGGGGGGGGUUAGCGCCUGCCCAGCCGACAGGAGGGGUCCUUGGGGGGGGGACAGGUCCAGCCCCCUCCCCUUCCUGCCCUGCCUGUUCCAGUCUGGCUGGGAGGGGGGAGGGUUUCUUCCCCUGCCCCCGGGGCCUGGGUGUGAAUUGAUGAGCCAGGGUUGGUGGCUCCCCCCGGGGGGGGGGGAGAACCCUGGAGUCUGGGGCGGGUAUUUUCAUCCCUCCCCCACCUGGGGGCGCCACCCACUGUUCAAAGGGCUACAGCAGCACCUGCUGCCUCCUCCUGGAGCCCCCCCACUGACCUGUGCAUGACCCCCAGAGUCUGCCCCCCCCCAGCCCACUGACACCUCCCCCCCCCAAGCCAGGAGAGAACCCAGGAGUCCUGGCUCCCAGCCCCCCCCCCCCCCCCGUGCUCUAACCCACCAGCCCCCACUCCCUUCCCAGAGCUGGGAGGGAACCUGGGAGUCCUCAGUUUCCCUGUCUCAUUGGCUGCUCCUGUCUGCAAUGUGGGCUGAUCCCUGGUCCUCCUGCCCCCCCAGCCAGAGCCCCCCCAUGGCGGGGGGGCGAGUGGCAGCUGCCCCCCAAGUGGGGGAAGGUGGGGUGUUGUCCUGCCCCUCGGGGUGGAGCUGCCUGGCCUCUGGUGACCCUGCUAUGGACUGUACAGACCCCCCCCAAUAAACUCUUCUGGAUCCCA